AUGUCGGACACAGAUUUUGAAUCUAAAAUGAAAUAUAAAAUGUCAGGGAUAGAGAAGAGGCGAGAACAAAGAGAGGAAAAUAUAAAUAAGAAAACUAUUGGAGAUUUGAACUCGGAGUUCCAGGAUCUACAGAGUAAAGUUUUACCAAAGAAGAAGUUUGGUUUCAAGGGUGUGAAACAAAGGAACAAGGCUCCUGAUGUUAUUAAAGAUACAGUUGAUUCAGGAGAUAAACUAGAGAAACCAGCUCAAGUAGAUACAGGAGUCAGUAUUCGAGAUAAGACUAGCGAUUACUUGAGCCUAGAACCUGAAGCGGUCAACUCAGGAGAUGUUACACUCUCUAACCUAGAAAAUUGUCGAGUUAAGUUAGUUGGAAGCCCCUCUACCGUUCAUCUCUCCAAUAUUAGGAACUGUAAGAUAGUAGCUGGUCCUGUAAGUUCUUCUAUAUUUAUAGAAAACUGUUCUGGAUCUACACUAGUUCUCUCCUCCCAACAACUAAGGAUUCAUAAUACAACAGAGACAGAUUUUCAUAUUCAUGUCACUUCGAAGGCUGUCAUAGAAGACUGCAAUCAGUUAAGGUUUUGCGGAAACCCUUUCUUAUCUGAGAUAUCUGAAGAAAUCUGGGAAAUAUCGAGACUUGAUAAAAAUAUCAAUAAUUGGGACCAGGUUGGAGAUUUCAACUGGUUGGCGAAGGAUAAAGCAUCACCUCACUGGAGUAAACUUGGGGAAUCUGACCUACCCGCUACUUCACAGCUGUUCCUGCAGUAGCUGACCUUCCCGCUACUUCACAGCUGUUCCUACAG